GGGGUGGACGGGUGCCAGGGUGUGGGGAGCGGCAGCCGAAGGUGCCAGGGACACCGGGCACCCAUCCACCGGGCACCCAUCGAGGUGGCUGUCCCUCCAGCAGCAGGUUCGGUGUAGCAGUGAUCAUCCGCUCCUUCCAGUCACUGUGGGCAGCCGGCUGCAUUUCACCCUUCUGCACGGCAAAUUCUGCUUCUUGUUGCACUCCCCUGAACGCACUCCUCGUUUGGUCAUUCUUAGCACGUCCGUCUGUAAGUUCCCUAAAACUUUAACGAAAAGCGGGUUCGGCCUUUCUCCAACCGGAGCACAACCAGAUUCAGCACCACAAAAUGUCAGGAUAGAGAAAAAAAAAACAACAGAAACCCUUGACCCCAUAAAUCUGUGCAGCAAACCAUCAGACUGGCGCAGUCCUGCCUGAACAUGUACCCAGCUGCUGGGCUCUAUGGACCUCUGGUCCCCAGGAGAUUUGUGACCCCUGCAGAAGCCUUCGCACUACCUCCCAUUCAGAUGCACAACUUUUCUAGCAGGCCCCUGACCAUAGUCAUGACAGAGGCGGACAAUUCCCAAGAAGGAAUAAGGAAACAUACUGAGUACCAUCAUUUCUACGGGACACCGUAUUUCUAUCCAUAUUGGUACAUGCCACCUGCAAACCCGGCAGCGUACAUGUACCCACUGUACUACCCACAUAAUGGUUAUUUCCCCCAACAGCAGAUGCUCGGUAUGGCUGGCUGGCCUGAAGGAUUUAGCAUGAAGGGAGAGUUGCACUGGGGUAAGAUGGAACGUGUUUUCGGACCCAAGAGGGAACUGCCCGACUUCGUCCAGGACGAACUGCGGAGGGUCUACGGCACGUACCCCAAAACAAUUGUCACCGUGACCUACCAGAAUGGGGAGUACCUGGUGAAGGGUGACCCCAAAGUUGGGGAGCAGAAGUACAAGGUGGAAAAGAAAGUCAUCAGGAGGCCGCCUACUCCCAGCGACGAGGAAGGCGACAGUAUUAGUGAAGUGGUGGAGAAGCGUAAAAGGAGAUCGAAACGCUAACUGCGUUUCCAUAGUACAUUAUAUAAAGCAAUGAGCACUAUUAGUGAGAGGUUUGUUUGCAUUCAAAGCACUGAGCUAAUAUGUAACUCGUUCAAGUACAAACCCGUUUCCAUCUGUUUCAGAUGAAGUUACAUUGUUUCGCCAUUGUGAGAUUUGAACUCUUGAUCUUAGGGUUACAAACCCAGUACCAUAACCACUUGGCUAAUUAGGCCAAGCAGCACUGAGCUAAUACAACGCUGGAAUGCAGUGAAUCAUAAUGAGGACAUAAUGGGUGAUCAAAGAUGUGGGGGUGUGCUUGAGAUCCCAGGUUAUUUUGGGCUUAUCAAGUACAGAUGUGGCUACAGUGCCUGUUUGUACACAAACUCCAAAGCAACCAUAUCAGCAAUGCACCCCCUGGAAAACUGUAAUUUUAUGUAAUUUAUUUGUUAAUAUAUAAUAAUCCUCAAGUUGAUAAUAUUUGGAUGACUACAGUUUAUUGAAAUCGGGGUCAAGGCUGCAACAGUAAUAGUAACACUCACAAUUAUUACCUUCAGAAGAGCGUGCUGUAACCUCUUAAAAAAAAAGCUAAAAUUACAGGAAAAUCUGAAAUUAGAACAGAACAUGCGGGAAACACUCAGCAGCUCAGCCAACAUCGGUGGAGAGAGAAACAGAGUUAACGGCUUCCGAUCAAAACCACUAUUUUCCGUUUGCUUUCCUGAUUUCCACCAUCUGCUCUAUGUUGCUUUUGAGUUACCAUUGUGUGAUUCUAUGAUUUUAUUACUUUGUGGUGUUGUAACCUCUUUGAAAGCAACAAGCCAAUAUCCCCUUUAUAUUUGCUGACUGGGCCCUUGUGUACUCCCGGCAUUUCCCGGCCUUCAUUUCAGGUUUGCAGCUUUGCCUAUUGAUAUUACAAAGAUGCCAGCAAUUCUGACUAGCAUCAGAGGUGGCUCUUUAAGCCCCCACCUCUCGACUGUUGGCCAAAAGAUGCACCAAAUACUGGGACUAAUUCCUCAGGUUUGAGGGACCUUCACUAGUAUCAUGAACAAAAACACAGUCGCUGUCCAUCUUUCACUGAAGCCCUUUGAAUGACUUAUUGGCAUUGAUGACAGACUAUUUGAAGAGUAUGAUACCUGGCACCUCUGGUAUGAAUGGCACCAGUCAGAAACACACUGCUCACAGAUGGUCAGAAUCAGUGAAGAGUUGAGUACAAAACUUUUGCCAACUUCCAACAUAAAAUUACAACCAUGUCUUGGUACACUGGAAACGCAACAAGAAGCAGAACUUAAUUUUUGGUUCUAAACGAACCAGAAAAACCUGCAAGGUGCACUGCAGGAACUCAUUAAGGCCCCUUAGACAACACCUUCCAAACCCACGACCUCUACCACCUAGAAUGACAAGGGCAGCAGACACAUGGGAACAUCGC